GUGUGUCCCCGCCCUAUUCUCUGAUUGGCUAAAUGGGGGGCAAGACCCACCUUCUGUCAGACUCCGCCUCCUUCCAGCCAGUGCAGGAGGCGUCUUCCUUCCCUUCGUGGCCUCUUCAAAACAGAGGUGCUUCGGACGGUGCAGGAUUUCAUCAUUAUGAUCAUGAUUGAAAGUAUUGACCCCAUAGUCACUAUUUCCAGCCAGGAGUUGUGGGCUGAAAUAUGUUCCUCCUUGCCACAUCCAGACCAGAAUGAAGACACUAGCAACACAUUUGCGGAUUCCUUCACAGAUUGUUAUGUUCAGAACGAUGUAAUGGACACCUCUUUCCAAGCAGCAGACCUGAAGCCCUGGGCACCACUAAAGGACUCUGAGAUUUAUUUGGCAUCUUUAGAGAGAAGAUUAAUGAGAAUAAAGGGUAUGUCUCAGGAAGUGACCUCCAAGGAUAUGCUGCACACUCUUUCUCAAGCAAAGAGAGAAUGCUGGGACAGGUUUCUGCAGGAGAAAUCUGAAUCUGACUUUUAUAUGGAGGGAACUGAAUCGGAUGAGAGCACUUUGGAUCACUUGAAGCGUUGGUUGCAGCCUGAUAAAGUUGCUGUCAGCAGUGAGGAAAUACAGUAUCUGAUUCCCCUUGAAACCCGUAUUGAGAAGCAAGAGACUGAAGAAGAAGCCAUGGCUGUAGAACAGUAAAAUGCAGUCAAACUUGCCCCCAAGCCAGGGGCUGCCACAGUUUACUGGUAUGUUAAAUGGCAAGAGGAGGGAAGUGCCAACAAUUGGUUGAGGUAGACCCCUCAAUAUUUUUGUUUUCCCCAUCCUCCACUGUAUUUUCUAGCUUAUAGUGGCUGUUCCAGUUUGAAGUUAUAGAAUUAUAGAAUUAUAUUGUCACAGAUUGAAAGUUAGACAUGUAAUCUGUGAAGAUGAUUGCACGUAAAGGCAAUGAAUGCAUACUUGAUAUAGACUGAAAUAGAAUAUGCAAGUUAAAGAGUCAGCUAAUUCACUUUGAUUAUCUCCUUUUAUUAACUGUCCAUGUCGGCAUCAUUCCGAGAUCAUUUUUGUAGUAGUGAUUCUGAAGGACUUAACAUCUAUAAUGGAUGCUUUAUACCAUCUUCGUUUGCAUUAUCAGCUGGCACAAUGCAGCCCCAAAAUGUACAGAAAGCUGAGCUUCCAGUUUCUGUUGUAGGAAAACAUUUUAUCAUUCCUUUUUUCCCUUCUAACAUGACAGGAGAACUGCUGAUCUGUGGGCCCGCCGAAGUUCACCUACAAUCCGGGUAAUUCUCCUUCCCAGCUACCUGGGAGGAGAACACCUGUCUUGACCUCAUAGAUGGCAGGGAUCUCCUGUUCUAUAGUUUCAGCUGAGCCUUGCAGGCACCAGUUGAGUCCUGAGGUAGGGACUCAGCUAGUUCCUGAGACCACUUUGCUGUUUACCAUCCCUGUGGUGAGUAGGGGGAGGAUCAAAGCCAAGCCAAGUAGAGAAACUCCAGCUUGUACUUGAGCCAAACUCUCUGACAACAUCCAACCUGGAGAUCAUCAGCUAUGUAAAUACAGUUUAACAGCAUAUAAUUUUGAAUAGAUAAUGAAACUACAUGUGACAUGGAGUUGUGAGCUUCUUUUCCUCAACUUUCGUAUAUUUUCCGUGAUGAAGUGAAAAGCAACCGAGUGUGUGUUUUGAAUUUUCCUGUUACCAUUAUUUUUAGUUGUAUAGCAAAGCAUUGGGGCCACAAUCGGAUAGUUUCAGCCUUAGAAAAACAAAGCACUUCCUAGGGAGGGGGAAAAUUGCUCUUUGUGUUAAUAUUGUUUUUGUUCUCAGAAAGGAAUGGUCUUUGAAUCCAGCACUAGUACUUCAUGCAGUUGUUUAUUCAUCACUUUGAACUUAAAUUGCUCGGAAAUGGAUGUACUUUGCUUUGUAAUUCAUUUUAUCUAGCUACUAUUUAAUGUUACAGUCUUACCAAGAAUCUUUCAUGUACCUGUUUUCUUUUUUGUACUCCAUUAUUCUUUCCAGAAGCAAAGGGCAGUAUAUUCUAGCAAUAGCAAGUACAUUUCUAUUCCACUUAUAUUCUGGUGGUGGGGGGGAAGGGAAUCUGGGACACAAACUGCUUCAGUGAAUUGGAACAAACAAAACAAAAAAUAAGUUGAAAUAGAACAAAGUGAGCUACAGUAGGGCAGUUUGUUUCAUUAACACGAUAUCCAUCUCAUGAUGUAUUCCCUCCUGUUCCAGUGAUUUGAGGUGAAGAUGUUUGUUCAUACCUUGACUUCAGCAUCUCUAUUUCUUCCACUCAUUCUCCUCCUUUACUGCUCCUGCAAUGCCUACUAUGUCCUGCUUGAGUGCUCCUUCUUUUCCACUUUUAUGAAAACUGAAAUUGUUAUAAACCAGUCUGCUUUGACUUGUGGAAGCUUAACCUGAAUAUCAUCCUUUGUCAUCAGAGAAGCUGUCAUUGGGCUACAUCUGGGCAGCUACAUGGUCAUGUCAUUGGUCAUAGGAAAUAGACAAGUGAUGUAAAAAAUAAUUUCUGAAGUGACAUCAAGCAACAGGACCCACAUGAAAAAAUGUCAUUGUCAUUGGGAGGCAAGGCUUUGAUAAAAUGCUUUAACAUCACCUAAAAUUUGAGUCUGGAGAAAAUAUUUGCCAUAUUACAGUUAAAGUGUACAUGUAGAAAAAUGAGAUUCUGAAGGGGUUUUUUUUGGUGUGUGUGUGUGUGUGUGUGUGAGAGAGAGAGAGAACACCUGCCAUGAUUGUCCCCUCUCUGAGACUGCAGAGUGAUACUGGUUUACUGCAGUUAUCAGUAAAUAACAGACAAGUUUGUUGGACAAAAUGUUCCAAAAUAAGGGAUGUUUGUAUUAUUUCACUUUGAUUCUAUGUUUAGUUGAAAUGCUUCCUGUUCUCAUGAGCUAUUAUAGAUUGUGAAAUGAGUAUUUUGCUGUUGUAUUGCUGUGUAAUCUAUGUAUUGUCUAUUUGUAUAGUUGAUGCCCUUCAAGAAAUUUGUUUCAAAAUAACCUUUGUCUAAAUUCAGCAAAGCCAAAAACAAACAAACAAACAAAAAACUGUAUAAGAUGUACCUGGUAUUUCCUCCUCAUUUCAUAUUAGAACUGAAGAUAAUAGUUAAGAACUGUGACUUAAAAGUUUGAUCUUGAAAUAUGUUUCUUCUUUCAGUUGUUGUAAAACUGAUAAGGAACUUAACAGAGUUGAAAUGAAGGGUUCACAAAAAUGCUGUGUCAUAUACUCAACAUGUUGAGUCCUGUCUUGGGAGAAAGGCAGGAUAUAAAUAAAAUAUAUGCACACAAGUAGAGCUAUUUCAAGCAGAACAAAAACCCUACUUCCCUCUUGUUUGGAGUUCAAUUUCCCAUGAAAGUAUAAUAAAAUUAAGUGAUGUUAUUGCA